GUUUGGUUCGACCUCAGCCUUAACCCAAGAACAAGGUCAAGGGAUGUUGCUAACAAUUUAUGUUAUGACUUAGGACUAACAAUGAGGAAUAGAAGCAAUUCGGGACUUCGUCUUGACUAUUAUCAAAGAUUAGUUAACAGAAGUAUAUUGAAGUAUCAGAAUGCUGCAUCAGGUUUGCUGUCCACCAGUGAUACGAACAGCCAUGCGUGGGUGCGAGACAACCUGUACUCUAUUAUGUCAGUGUGGGGCCUCGCACUCGCCUACAGGAAGACUGCCGACUUAGAUGAAGAUCGAGCCAAAGCUUACGAGCUGGAACAGUCUGUUGUGAAGGUAAUGAGGGGACUCUUGCGUAGCAUGAUGAUGCAGGUGGACAAACUGGAAGCGUUCAAGCAUACCCAGAACCCACGUGAUGCUCUGCACGCAAAAUACUGCAGUAAGACCGGGAAGCCGGUUGUGGGCGACCUCGAAUGGGGUCACCUGCAGGUGGAUGCUACGUCCCUCUAUCUCCUGACCCUCGCUCAGAUUACUGCAUCAGGUCUACAAGUUGUGUACACAUUGGAUGAGGUGGCAUUUAUACAAAAUCUAGUCUUUUAUGUAGAGAGUGCCUACAGAACUCCAGAUUAUGGGGUUUGGGAACGAGGUGACAAGACCAACCAUGGACUUCCUGAACUCAACUCCAGCUCAAUUGGCAUGGCUAAGUCGGCACUUGACGCCAUUAAUGGACUUGACUUGUUUGGGGCUCUUGGUGGUCCGGCUUCAAUCAUUCAUGUCCUUCCAGAUGAAGCACAACAAUGUCAGGCAAUUCUGCAUUCCAUGCUUCCAAGAGAAUCAAAUUCAAAAGAAAUUGAUGCUGCUUUGAUAGCCAUUAUUGGUUAUCCUGCGUUUGCUGUGGAUGAUGUCGACAUCAUUGAUGAAACAAGAAGUACAAUUGUGAAAAAACUUGAGGGUAAAUAUGGCUGCUGUAGGUUUCUGAGGGAUGGCUACAAGACAGUAAAAGAGGAUCCAAAUCGUCUCCACUAUGAACCUUCAGAAUUGAAAGUCUUUGAAAACAUAGAAUGCCAGUGGCCAUUGUUUUUUGCUUUCUUCAUCCUUGAGGGGUUAUUCCGUAAUGAUAGAAAGCAGGUAGAGGAGUACAGACAGAAGCUUGACGAAGUCAUGUUGAAGACAGAUGACGGAAUCCCUUACCUACCAGAGCUGUACUAUGUUUCUGCCGAAACGGUUGACGAGGAAUAUCGUUGUCCUAAAAGCCAAAAGCGCGUGCCAGGUGGUAAAAUGCCACACAUGUGGGCUCAGUCAAUGUACAUCCUGGGCAGACUGGUGUAUGAAGGAUUUUUAUCACCUGGAGAACUUGACCCACUUAAUAAAAGACUUGUCUUAGAAUCAAAACCUGAUAUUGUUGUUCAAGUUGUUAUCCUGGCAGAGGACUCGAUUGUUCAAGACAAGCUUGCUGAAUGUGGCAUUGAGGUAGCUACAAUAUCCCAGGUGGCACCCAUCAAAGUCUACCCAGCUCACGUUCUUAGUCAGAUCUACUCCCUUCUAGGAAAAAACAAAAGACUUGGCCUCACAGGGAGACCGUCAAAUGAGAUUGGUAUCUUAGCAACCAGCAAGCUGUACUGUCUACAGGAUCAAAUCUUAGCUUUUAUACCGCAGUUCCUGGAUCAACACCACUUCUAUCUGCCGCUAGAUGUGGACUUCCUCAUCGACCAUUUCAAAACGGAUGCAGAAUACCUGGCACGCAAUUGGCAGAUACUCGGCCGUCCCACAAUGCUCUUUACCCUCACCAGUCAGAUGUUAGACAGUGCCGGCAACCCUCCUCCAGUUUUGAUAGCUACUAUCAAGAAACUACAGACUGGAUAUAUUAAUGGCACACGAGUUGAAAUGGGCAAGUUAUCUGACUUUCAGACAACAUCCUGUAUGACCAACCUCAGUUUCAUUCGUGACAGGGAUGAUCCAAAUCAAGCUGAAGAACAGGUGAUUCGCUUUAUUGAUAACAUCACCAGUCCAACCUGCCCUCGGCCACAUUUGCUGUCAAACAUCCGUACGAAAGCUGGAAAAUCUCAAAGGCACCAGCGAUCCAUGUCUGUACAUGGCAUUGUGCGCAGGUCAAGGUCAAUACAAAUAGACCGGGAUCAGUUACAAGAUCUCCAUUCGCAAAUAUCUCAGCUCCAAGAAGGCAUGUCAAAAGACAAUGCUCUGCUUGAAGUCGAAGAGGUGCAACAUGUUGAACAUCUUCGGAGUCAUUCUGGGGAGCACGUUCAAAGUCCCAACAUGUCGCCAUUGAUGCAUCGCAAACGAAUCGGUGUGAGCGAAAAUGAGAACAUUGAUAUCCGUGAACUGAUUGAGAAUCUUCAACAGACGGAGAACUUGCAGGAGCAGGCAGACAUCAUCCAUUAUCUCUUUGUGACAAAAGGCCUUUUGUUUCGUACAGGAGUUAGAGGUGCUGACUGGGACACACAGUUGGGAGGGCAGACGUGCACAGUGAAAGAACUUCUGUGUGAGCUUUAUGAAAAGGCGGGACACUGGCACCAGUGGUGGCUGGUACGACACUCCGCGGGCAUGCUCAAGAAACGGGUUGAAGAUCUCGCAUUGGCUGCCACUGAUCUGCUGGUGAGACAGAAACAGCUGUCUGUUGGAAUGCCACCAGAUAGAGAGAAGAUCAUAACAUCGCCUCUGCCCCCGGAUGAGCUGUCAGCCAUCAUCUACAAUGCGUGUGGUGAAGAUACGAGUACUGCUUCUCUCACUCAGGAAUUGUUGAUCUAUCUGGCAAUGUUUAUCCGCACUGAGCCGAAACUUUUCCGUGAAAUGUUGCGUCUUCGAGUUGGUCUCAUUAUUCAGGUUAUGGCUUCUGAGCUGGUCAGAACACUGAACUGUUCAGUGGAAGAAGCAUCUGACCACCUGCUGAAUCUGAGUCCCUUUGAAAUGAAGACGUUGUUACACCACAUUCUCAGUGGUAAAGAGUUUGUCAUCAACAAAGUGGAAACUGAGUUUCAAGAGGAUCGACGAAUUUCUGUUCACUCAAAAUACUGCAGAGAUGAAAUGAAAAUGUUUGCCAGAAGAGGUUCCAAGGGUUUAUCUCAGAGAGAAUUUGAAGAUGAUGACGAUGACAUGGCCGACCGACAGGGCCAGUGGCUGCGACGCCGACGUUUGGACGGAGCUCUCAACAGAGUGCCUGUGGGGUUCUACCCCAGGGUGUGGAAAGUCUUGGAAAGAUGCCAAGGGUUGUCAAUCAAAGGAUAUGUUUUAUAUCGGGGUUUAACUCAAGAGAUGACGUCGGGAGAGUUCAAGUUUGCGCUGCAGGUGGAAAUGGUUCUGAACCGGAUCCCGCAGCCCGAGUACCGCCAGCUGAUGGUGGAGGCGCUCAUGGUUCUCAACCUGCUGGCCGAGAACGACGGACUGCAUGUCAACAUGAACCUCAUCAUCGAGGUCGACCGCCUCGUCAUCGACGCCAACAACAUCUUCAUCGAAGACCAGAAAAUGCCUCGUGAAGCAACAUCUAGCUCUACUGGAGUAGCAGGUAUUAACCAACACUUUUACGACAAUGCUCCUAGCGGACGGUUUGGAACAAUGUCUUAUUUAUGUCGGGCAUUGGCUAAAAUGAUGAACCUGGCUGUAUCCCCCACCGACAAUAUAGACUGUGUGGUCAGCUGAUCAACAUCUACCUCUGGCUAGUAUCAGCUAAUGAGACAGUCUGGUGUGUGGUCAUGUGACGGGCACUGACCAGUAAGAGGUUUCACCAUGUGACAACAAAUACCUACCCCAGUCAGUUGGAAAAAAUGUCACUACAUUGUCAGCUGAUACAUGUUUGUGGACAACCCAGGUCUUAUUUAUUCGUAAAUCCCAACCCUGUGAGGAAUUGAAUUCUGUGGGAAAUGUGUCAUCAACAGAAAUAACUACAGUAGAAAGAUCUAUAUAAAAAUGUUUUAUUGAGACUACUUGGUGAUAAGCUAAGAUAUGUUCCAGAAUUGAUCAAACCACUCACAAAAUAACGUUUUAUUUAAACAUUGUAUACAUAGAGAAAAAAGGUGUGGUGCGCCUACCAGGCAUAAAAUAAAUACUUAUGACUGGAAGUCGGUUUACAUGAUUUUUUUUUUUUUUUUAACUAUCAUAGGUUACUGAUUAUCGAGUUAAGUGAAGUGUAUUUGCGUAUCCUAAUCUAUUAACUCAAAAUUGCUUUGAAAUUGCAGUGUAUAGAUGUCUUCAAAACGUUCACAACUUUUAAUUUUAUAUCAUCAGCUUCUUUCUUAAGCAUAACUGCCUAAUUAUUUUUUUUAGAGCUUUGGAGACCAAUGGAAAAAACUCUUUUUAUACAAACAGAAAUGAAUUCCAUAAAAAUUAUAUGAACAAUAAUAAUAGCAGCAUUUGUUCUUCUUAUUCUUGUUCAAAUGAUUUUUUAAGGAAUUAAUUUUUGUUUGUGUAGAAAUCAGGUUUUUUCUCACUGGUCUCAAAAGCUCUAAAAUGUGUUUGGUAAUUAUGAUAAGACUAAUGCCUGGCACACACCUACCGAUUAAUGCCGAUUUGACAGUCACAUUAGCAUUAAAACAGUAGGUGUGUGCAGGGCAAAGACGCGACAUUUGCCUCUAAUCUCCAGUUUUGCACCAAUUAGACUGUCGCAUCGGCCGGUGUGUGCAGAUACACAGUUUCACACUAUUGCAGACUCGACGGUCGAGUUGGCAUUAUCGGUAGGUGUACACCAAGCAUUUGAGGCACAAUAUGUACUAGUUCACCACAUUACCGACUGGAAUUUGCAUAAAUUUAAAGUUGCCAAAUUUACAUGCAGGUUCACGUGAAAUAUUGUAACCUCAUUCACGGUGCCUCACACUCCCUCUGUGAUCAUUUUUGGAAGAGCCGUUAUUUAUUUAUUUUAUUUAUGCUCUGUCUGAACCAUAUUGGUUUUAUAGUCCGAUGUUGGUUGCUAACACAUGAAAGGAUAUUCAGCCAUGCACUUGUUAAAUGAGCACAUCUUACUAGACCUUCUUGGAUCUGGUGUUGAUGGUGCAGUGUACUGUAUGUCAAUGGUGAUCAUACAGUUAUAUUACAUCUGUGCAAGUGUUUUAGUUGCGUUGUCAGAAUUUAAAAAUUGCAAAACUUUUAAGUGCACUCACUGUUAAUUUGAUCAAGUGGGUGAGGCAACAUACUUUGUUAUGGUAAUAUACUUGUACCUCCUGAGUAUGUAGAACAAGUGAUUCGAACCAGUCAUAUUUCUCACCUCUUCAGCAAUGAAACAAUAAUAGUGUAGGUCAUCAUGUUAAAAAAGCAAAAAAAAACCCCAAAAACAUUGUGUAAAAUGUUAUGGUUUAGAUGAACUUGUCAGCUCCAGGAAAAUGCUACGCUCACAAAGUAUACUAACAAUAAAAAGAAAAGUGUUGUGAUCAGUUUUUACAAUUAGUAAAAAUUACACAAAACACAAGUUAAGUAGAAUAAUGAGUGACAAAGGUUUUUUUAACUGUUAUUUUAUGCUACAUCAGAAGCUAAAUUUUCAGGACAAAUUAUGUCUGCUCUCCCCCCCCCCCCCCCCCCCCAUCAAAUAAGAGUGCCAUCCUUUUUACCUAUGGCAGCGGAGGACAAGAAGCAACAUUAUUCCAAUCGCCAAGAUACCUAUAUCUAGAUUUUAUCACCAGCAGGGUUGUGAUAAUAAAUGGCAUUUGUCUAGGUCUGUUUCCUUUUACUAAUUUAUUUUAACAAUCUGCAUUUUGAAAUUUCAGAUUGCAGGACGACAUAUGAACAAAAAUGUUUUGUGUAUUUAUUAAAAUGUGUAUCCAUUUUUAAUAUUUCAUGAAAGUAAGAUGUUAAAAAUUAUAAUGUGAAACAAACAUUUAACACAAAAUUGAAAUGCCACAUUUUCUUCAAUGCCGGGCAUCCAGUGAGCACGACGGCCCAGAUCCACAAAGCAAUCUUAGUGCUAAGAACACCUAUGUGCAUAAGAUAGUUGUACAAUUAAGGUGAUCUUAGCACUAAGAUUGCUCUGUGGAACAGCAACCCCUGCAAUUGCCCAUGACAGUCGGCAAUGUCAUGGAGUUUUUAAUUUUCCACAGCACUUUUUUUCCGUGGACUAUAUUCAGGGUUGGUAUUUUUCAAUGGCAUGUUGUAGUUUUUUUGCUGUUGACAUUUUCUUAAUUGCAGGGGUUGAACUAAAGAUAGUCGAUAACCGAUAAGUGAUGAUAUUGAUUGUAUAGAAAGAGUAGGUCUAUGAGUAAGAACAAACUAUUGUGACGUUUAUUUUAAGUUAAGUCCAUUGUUUUUAAUGUUAAUUUUUAUUUUUUAUUUUUAUUUUUUAUUUCUAAAGUUUGCUUGACAAAAUAAAUGUUGGGCCUCCAAUAGUUACUGGUCUCUAAUAAGUACCAGGUCUAGGGACAUUUUCAAAGGAAUAUACUCCAGGGUACAAAUUAGAUAAGCAUCCCAAAAUGGUAAGCAUCUCAGUUACAAAAUUAAUCCCCAUUAAAAACAUUUUUAAAAUCUUCAUUAAAAAAAAAAUAUUUGUAUGAAAUCUUAGGAAGUUAGUAAUCUUGUACAGUCAUUAAAAACAAAAUAUUAUCUAUCUUCUGGGCUCAAAACUCAUCAGAAAAGUAUGGUGGCCCAAAACAAAAUAUCUGGGUAACUUGCAUUAGGUAGCCCAAAACACAAAAUAUUCAUAUUUCAGGUUUGUUUUAUACAAUUGAAAACCUUUAAUUAUAAAAGAUUUAAGUAAGCACAUGAAAUAUGCUUCAAUAAAGUAAUAUUGAUUUGAAGAACCACUUCUAGAUAGAUAUUGAAAUAAGAUGUUCUAAGUGGUUACGAUCUGGACGAGGAAGUCUUUUUUUUAUCAAGACUACACCCAAUUACAUCUGGUCUACAAAAUCAAUGUUUAUAAAUAGAUGUUGGCAAAUUACAGUAAACAAGGGUAAGCCAAUUUUGUGAACCACAAGCAAGAUUUUAAUGUGGAAUAAAUGUUUUUUACAAUUAUUAAUAGUGGCUCAUAUGUUUUAGAAAGAAGAUUGUCCAAAUGAUAUUUUUGAGCGACCAACACCCUUAUUUAUUUAAAGUCACCCAAAUGACUGGCAUUUUCGAGCCCUGGCCCCAAUUUCACAAAACGUAAGCCUAGUUUUGCACAUAAAAAUAAAUCUAUGACUAAACCACAAUUCUUAUUACUGUUAAAAGUACAAUAAAUGUAGUUUGAAGUAUACAUAUUUCAUUUUCGUUCGUCACAAAAAUGCUCCAUCUAAAGUAAUGAUGUAAUUUUCUGCAUGAAAUAGAUGCCAAACACAUAUAAACGUAUGUCCGGUAUAACUGCUAGUCGCAGACGUAAACUUAAGAUGUUUUGUGAAAUUGGCCACAGAUCUUGGGUCCGAAGUAUUCAAGAUAAUUUUCGACUUUGUAAUGCAACCUGUAUUUUUACAUGUACCAUAGUUUGACACCCAGUAGCCGAUGUAUUUUUCGUGCUGGGGUGUCGUUAAACAUUUUUAGAUUAUUCUGACACAUCUGAAAUUGUAAUUUAGUGUAGAAAUAUAUCUGGUAUGAAUUAAAAAACAUUGUUCUAGUUCAGUUUCCCUUUUUAUUGAAAUCCAAUUUCAUGUUGCUAACAUUUCCAGUUUGUUAAGAAUUCAUUUACAGAUUUUGACAUGUUAAGGUAACAAAUAAAUUAAUAUGGAAUGUU